AUGAAGAUCCAGAUCGUUCUGAUUGCUGCAGCCAUCCUCACCAUUGCUGGUGUCCAGGCUUUGCCGAUUAACCCUGAGGCCAUCAAUCCCCGUAUGCGUCUCCCAGUCAUGGACCUCAAGGAGGCUAUCAAUCCUCGUAUGCGUCUUCCAGUCAUGGAAAUGGAGGAAGCUGUUGGUCCUCGUAUGAGUCUCCCAGUGAUGGAAAUGGAAGAAGCCGUCGGUCCUCGCAUGCGCCUUCCAGUGAUGGACCUCAAGGAGGCCAUUAACCCUCGUAUGCGUCUUCCAGUGAUGGAAAUAAAGGAGGCUAUCAAUCCCCGCAUGCGUCUCCCUGUCAUGGACCUUAAGGAAGCUAUCAAUCCUCGCAUGCGUCUCCCAGUGAUGGAAAUGGAGGAAGAAGCCGUCGGUCCUCGCAUGCGUCUUCCUGUCAUGGAAAUGGAAGAAGCUGUCGGCCCCCGUAUGCGUCUCCCAGUCAUGGAACUCGAGGAGGCUAUCAACCCUCGCAUGCGCCUCCCUGUGAUGGACCUCAAGGAAGCUAUCAAUCCUCGUAUGCGUCUCCCAGUCAUGGAAAUGGAGGAGGCUGUCGGUCCCCGCAUGCGUCUCCCAGUCAUGGACCUCAAGGAGGCCAUUAGUCCUCGUAUGCGCCUUCCAGUCAUGGAAAUGAAGGAAGCCAUUAAUCCCCGCAUGCGUCUCCCCGUCAUGGAAAUGGAAGAGGCUGUCGGUCCCCGUAU